CUUAUGCACAGAAUAAAUAAAAUGGCGGACGGCAUAGAAGUCUAAACAUAUAUUUUCUGUAUCGAGUAAUUUUGUUCGUAUUACUAAUCUGUGCUUUGAUAUAAUCGCAAUGGGAGAUGAGAACAUGUUUUAUUGUUCAUUUGUUAGUAUACACUACAUUAUCUGUGAAUGUGGCGAAACGUUCCCAUCGGAGGAGGUCUUGAAAACCCAUCUAGAAACUGAUCAUGCAAUUAAAUCGGAAAAAAAGGAUAAAACUGUUUCGUUUGUCAAACCAAAAGAGGAGCCAUACACGCAGAACCAGAUAGUCCACAUCACGGUGGAUGACCAGGGUCUAGAGAAAGCGGUGAACCUCGACCACGGCACCGUGAAGUUGGAGAAGAAGAUUGUCAAACUAGAGAACAAUACAAUGACCCUUCAGGACGAGGUAGACACAAGGAAUAGAACAGUGAAAUUGGACCCAAGAGUAAGGAAUCUAAGGAAGGAGAGAGCACCCAGGCCGGCGCACAGCAACGUGCGGUCCAUAGUCUGCGAGGUAUGCGGCAAGAGAUAUGCGUCGAACGCUGCCCUCCGUUAUCAUCAAAGGGUGCACACCGGUGAACGGCCGUACCAGUGUUCCUAUUGCCCCAAGACGUUCACCAUGCCACUGUUCCUCCAGAUCCAUUUGCGUACACAUACAGGGGAGAGGCCGUACCCGUGCCCGUCCUGUCCGAAGGCAUUCAGCAACAGGGCAGCAUUGCUCAGGCACGACAGGGUACACACCGGAGCCAAGCCGUACCAAUGUCCAAAAUGCGGUAAAGCCUUCACACAGUCGAAUUCCAUGAAGCUCCAUGUGCAUACAGUGCACCUAAAAAUGCCGGCCCCAUACAAAUCGAAGCGGCGACGCGAGGAGAGCAGAGCCAGACAGUUGAGAAACAUAGAACACAAGAGAAUAGAACAGAAAUUGUGUGACAAUGUAAAGACAGAAGCGGAGGAAGUGUGUGUUGUGAAGCCCGAAGUGGAGUUGUAUCAAGAGGUGGAGGAAGGAGAGGAGGUGUAUUACGGUUUGGAUAUGGCGGGGGAGGAGGAAGUCACAUACGAGGUUGUUUACCAACAGGAAUAGGGUUGGGCGGUUUUGUCAUAGGUGAAAAUGGUGUGGUAACCUCGCCUGCGGCAACGGUAUACGCUGAUGGAGCACCAGUGAGGGAUGGCAGGUGUCCCGCCAGCGUAUACCGUUAGCGCAGGCGAAGUUACCACACCAUUGUCAUUAUGAUGUCACCCUGUAUGUAAUGAAUCAUAUUUAAUGAUCCCUCUGAAACCAAAUCAAAUACAAAAUUGUAUAUAAUAAUAAUAAUAAAUAAAUAAAUAACAAUUUAACAAUAAAGACGUGGAACAGUG